AGUUACCUCCCAUAGCAAAACCAUGCACCAAGUAGCAACAUAAACAUGUCAAUGUUCUGUGCAUGCUGAAUCUGCUACAUGUGGAUGUUGGCGACCCCGAUCGCAAAUGUGACAGUAAUUGAUGUUAAAACAAAGUAAGGUUGAGUUCCUUGCUCAAUGGGUAUCCAGGACGAACAUGCUACAUUUAAAGCAUGUUUUGACAACGUGGUCAAAGACAGCUUAUUUUUUCUAAAGAAAAAAAGGAAUAGAGUACACACAUAUUUACUGGAAUAAAACUUUUAUUUCCUGCAAAUUCAAUUGACAUCGUGAAGCGAACAGAAACGAUUUUUGUUGAGUUAUUCUAUUGUUUUGUCGCAUUCUUACUGUCUUGUUAUCUUGCAUAUGAUAAUUGAAAAUGGCGAAAUUUCUAUAUCCGACGUUUGGAGCUGUAAACCCUAUAUAUCAGAAAGUUGUGAAUAGUUUUCCGAGUGGAAUGCAGAUGGCAUUUGCGUAUGGGUCUGGAGUAUUUCACAAUCGGGGCAAAACUAACGCAACACAAAACGUGCUGGACUUCAUGAUUGUUGUCGAUGAUCCAAUUUCUUGGCACAGACAGAAUAUCAAACAAAAUGCAAACCAUUACUCAUUCUUGAAAAUGUUUGGACCAAAUAUCAUAUCAGGCUUGCAGGAGUCGUCAGCCGGGCUGUAUUUCAGUCCUAUCGUUCAGUUUGAAGACAGAUUUAUUAAGUAUAGUGUUAUUAAUACCGUAAGAUUAGCAGAGGAUCUGGUACAGUGGCGCCAUCUGUACGCCAGUGGCCGUCUCCAUAAACCAGUAGUGAUGGUGAAACCACCUGAUGAUGAGGGCAUUCAAAAGGCCUUGGAAAUAAACCUUCGGAGUGCUGUUCACACAUCGUUGAUGCUUCUUCCCGAAACAUUCUCAGAGGUUGACCUGUUUAUGCAAGUAGCUUCUUUAUCCUACACAAACGAAAUUCGGAUUUCAUUUAGUGACGAUGAAAAUAAAGUUAAAAACAUCGUUAAUUCAGGUAUAGACAAUUUUCGAGUGUUGUACAAGCCUAUUUUAUCAAGUACAGAAUUCCUUCACUGGAAUGAGAAGAAGAAAAGUUUUGAACAAGAAUGCGACUCUAAAGCCAGAAGACAUCAUUUAAACUUCAUUCCUGAAAACCUUCUCUGGGGAAUUACUGUAAAUGACGUCAAUAACAUUGAGGAUUUGAAGGAUAACCUAGCGAAUGAUAGUGAAUGUGGCAUUGUCGUAUAUGAUGGCGUGGAGCAAAUUGUCAGUCAGUACAGCAUAUCACAGAGCAUGAAAGGACUUUUAACUGAGGGAUGGUCGGGGGCUAUUAACAAGCUGCACAGCACUCGUAACAAAUAACUAGUUUUUCCAAAUGUGAUGAUUAUCAUUUCAUGAACUUCACGUAAUUGCAAUAUGACUGACAUUUUAGCCACUUUUGAAAUUGUAUGAUCCGAUUAUCUAGAAAUAAGAGGAAAAGGUUAUUUUGGGUGGAUAU